GCGUAAAUAAUUUUCUAUUCAUUUAUAAAUUCAAAUACAUGUUCAUAUAUUUUUUUCUUACCUCACGUAGUAUAUACAUAUAUAUGUAGCCGUUACCAUAGUAACGUAAAAUAUAAACUCGACCAACUCACGUUUUAUUUUCCAUUUUAUCAACUUAUGUCAUCUAAUCAAUCAUAUACAUAUAUAUAUUUAUUUAAACCAACAUUUCCUCACUUAAAUAUAAAUAAAAUUAAUUAAAAUUAAAAUGACUGAUUACACUGAUAAUCGAACCCCUAUUAAUAAAGACUCUAAAGACAGUACAAAUAAAAACAAAAACAUAGACCGUGACAGUGAUUGUGAUUAUUCAUAUAGUGACGAGUCUUUUGACUCGGACUUUUCUAACUCAAGUAAUUCAGACGUCACCAAUGUCACCAGGAGAUCCCAAUCAUCAUCAUCUUCUUCUUCUUCAUCUUCUUUGGAGUCACAAGCAAAUGUAGUAAAUACUAGUACAAUAAAAUUGAAUUUACCCGAUGAUGACAAUGAAAUUGAUGUCAGAGGGUGCAAAAAUUACUCAGUAUCCUCGAUGCUGUCUUCAAUAAAUUCGAGCGAGAGACAGAGGCGAAUUAAUAGAAGACUUAAUGAGUGUCAUGAUCGGUUGCACAGAAAAAAUAUGAGUUUCACGAAUAUGCAAGUUAUGAAAAUAGAAAGGGACAAUCAGUGUCUACUCAACAAAAUAAUGUCUCAGCAUAAACCGAUAACGGACAAUAAAAACCUGGGGUUUGUUAACAGGCUCAGCAGCUCAGCGAUUAAUAGAAGAAAAUUUCAGAGGAAAAUUGAAGAAGAAAAUAUGAUGAUGCUGAGAAAAAUUCAAAGUGCAAAACCACGAGUGUUAACUGAGAAUUAUUCACGAAAAUUUUAAUUUGCAAUAAAAAUCUAAAC